AUGGCUCAUCUGACCCAGUUCAGACAGACCCCAGACACCACCGAGCUGGAGGCGUGGAACAGCAGGUUCAUGCAGGAGGAGAACAAGUCCUUGUACCCUCCGGCAGUGGCCAACCCCUUCAUUCAGCAAACACACUUCAGUGCCUGGCGCUGGGCCUGCUUCCUCCUCCUCGGGUCGGUGCUGGUACCCGUGCGCGUGUCCUGUAUUGCCUUCCUCUUCAUCAUUCUCUGGCCCGUGGUCACGCUCUUCACCAUUAACUUCCCUACCCAACCCAGCAAACCCAUGAAGAGCUGGAGGAAACAUGUGAUGAAGCCAGCCCUCGUGUUCUUGUUUCGUAUGAUAUUCUUUUUCUUGGGGUUCCUGGUGAAGGUGAAAGGGAAAAGGGCCACCAGAGAGGAGGCCCGCAUCUUCGUCACCGCCCCGCACUCCUCCUUCUUUGACACGAUCGCAGUUGUGGUGGCUGGGCUUCCUUCAGUGGUCUCCGCGAGCCAGAACGUCCAUAUCCCUUUGGCUGGGAAGUGCCUGCUGUCAACUCAGCCUGUGCUUGUGCAACGAGAAGACCCGUAUUCCAGAAAGACCACCCGGAACGAAAUCCUGAACCGAGUGACAUCCAACAUGAAGUGGCCACAGAUUCUGAUUUUCCCAGAAGGAGUGUGCACCAAUCGCUCCUGCCUUGUCACGUUUAAACUAGGCGCCUUCUCCCCAGGUGUCCCUGUGCAACCAGUGCUGCUGAGGUACCCCAACACCCUGGAUACUGUGACCUGGACGUGGCAGGGGUUCACGGGUUUCCAGGCAUGCAUGCUGACUCUGAGUCAGCCCUUCACCAGGGUGGAAGUUGAGUUUAUGCCCGUUUACAUCCCAAGUGAAGAAGAAAAGAAAGACCCCAUCCUUUUUGCCAACACAGUCCGAGUCAACAUGGCCAUCGCUCUGAGCCUGCCUAUCACGGAUCACACCUUCGAAGACUGCCAACUGAUGAUUUCUGCUGGUGCCCUUCAACUACCCAUGGAAGCUGGCUUGGUGGAGUUUACAAAAAUCAGCCAGAAGUUGAACUUAGAUUGGGACAAUAUCCACAAUCACUUGGACAGAUACGCUGCGAUUGCGGUUGCCUCAAAAGGAGGCAAAAUCGGAAUUGAAGAGUUUUCCCGUCAUUUAAAACUGCCGAUUUCCGAGCCCUUGAGACAGCUUUUCUCUCUUUUUGACAGGAACCACGACGACUCCAUAGACUUCCGCGAGUACGUGAUAGGGCUGACUGUCCUGUGCAACCCUGCCAACACGGAGAAGAUUCUGCAGAUGUCAUUUAAGCUUUUUGAUCUUGAUGAGGACGGCUUUAUAACAGAGCAGGAGCUGACAACUAUACUCCGGGCAGCUUUUGGGGUGCCAGACCUAGAUGUCUCCACACUCUUUGAGCUGAUGGCUGGCAAAGAGUCAGCUCAAGUUUCCUACAGGAACUUCAGGAAGUUUGCUUUGAGUCACCCAGUAUAUGCCAAGUUAUUUAAUUCCUACCUCGACCUCCAGUCAGCCUACAUAUACUCAUUGCCACAGGAAGCAAAAGCACAGCCACAGCACUAA